CAUAUGUACAUAUCUUGCGGUGUGCUUGGAUGACGGUGAAUCACUGUCGAGGCUGCCUGUCGUUUGCUUCAUAUAUAGACAGACGCUUAUAUCCAUCCACAGCUGUAUGUGGUGGUUCCACAUUGGAAUGCAUAUGUAUAUUGAUUGAGCAAGCCGGCUUAUGACGAUCGUCAUGACGAGACAUGUUUCCACCCCCCAAACGCGAAGGCUGCCCCGGUGAAGUCCCAAGCAAGAGCCGGACAAAGGCGGCCACUGCAUUGUUUCCUCGGUGGUUGCUCCCGUGGUGGUGGUGCCCGACGCAUCGCUCAUUCACCGCCGACAGCAGAGUAGCCCAAACGGGCACUAGCGCCGUGGCCCGCGCACCUGCCAGAAAUCUUUCUCUGGCGUUCGUUAUAAACCCCAACCCUCUCCUUCGCAUUGUCUCCCUCAAACGUUUGACACAUACACACCCCACCCCCAACAGCUCUUCUCUCCUCGGUCUCCUCGCGGACCUUCCAGAACAGAAAAGCCACAAAAAAAAUACAGAAAAUCUCAAAAAAUUCCGUCUUGACGACCCUCGCCAACCCGCUCGUCUCACACGCAGUCGCUUGACAGCCUCCCUCGACCGCUUCCCUCCUUCGACUUUUGCACUGCCCGCAGAAGUUUCUCCCUGCCCCUCUCUCUCCCCACCCGUUCGCUUUCUCGGACAGUUUAACUACUGCAUACUUCACCUGUUAUCGCUGUCGCAGCUUUCAGCAGCCAAAAGGUGCGCCCUCAAAACUUUUUUUUUUCUGCCGCUCACCACCACUGCCCCCCAAGCGAGCGCGCCUGCUCCACGCAACCCUGCACCUGCCCACAAAAUUUUGACUUGCUCGCUCACACCCGCGCUAGAUAAACAAGAUGUCUUCUGAGGUCGCCAACUCUACUUCGCCCGUCCAGGACGGUGCUGCCGACUCCUCCAACGGCACCACCCUCAACACCAACGUCCCUGCUGCCCAGGCCGAGGGCGCCACUCCCACCUCUGCUACCCCCGCCCACCCCAACUCGGCCUCUCUCUAUGUCGGCGAGUUGGACUUCUCUGUCACCGAGGCCAUGCUCUUCGACCUCUUCUCCUCCAUUGGCCAGGUCGCCUCCAUCCGUGUCUGCCGCGACGCCGUCACCCGUCGCUCGCUCGGUUACGCUUAUGUUAACUACAACAGCUCGGAGGAUGGCGAGAAGGCGCUUGAGGAGCUCAACUACACCGUCAUCAAGGGCAAGCCUUGCCGCAUCAUGUGGUCCCAGCGUGACCCCGCCCUGCGCAAGACUGGCCAGGGUAACGUCUUCAUCAAGAACCUCGACCACGCCAUUGACAACAAGGCUCUGCACGAUACCUUUGCUGCUUUCGGUAACAUCUUGAGCUGCAAGGUCGCGCAGGACGAGAUGGGUAACUCAAAGGGCUACGGCUUCGUUCACUACGAGACUGCCGAGGCUGCCAACAACGCCAUCAAGCACGUCAACGGUAUGUUGUUGAACGAGAAGAAGGUCUUCGUCGGUCACCACAUCCCCAAGAAGGAGCGCAUGUCCAAGUUCGAGGAGAUGAAGGCCAACUUCACCAACAUCUACGUCAAGAACAUUGACCUCGAGGUUAGCGACGAGGAGUUCCGCGAACUUUUCGAGAAGCACGGCGAGAUCACCUCCGCCUCUGUCGCCCGUGAUGACCAGGGCAAGAGCCGUGGCUUCGGCUUCGUCAACUACGUCAAGCACGAGGCCGCUGCUGUUGCCGUUGAUACCCUCAACGAGACCGAGUUCCGUGGCCAGAAGCUCUACGUUGGCCGUGCCCAGAAGAAGCACGAGCGCGAGGAGGAGCUCCGCAAGCAGUACGAGGCUGCUCGUCUUGAGAAGCAGUCCAAGUACCAGGGCGUCAACCUCUACAUCAAGAACCUUGAUGAUGAUAUCGACGAUGACAAGCUUCGUGAGAUGUUCGCCCCUUGCGGUACCAUCACCUCUGCCAAGGUUAUGCGUGAUACUCUCCCUGCCGAUGGCGCCGAGGCUUCUUCAGACGAAAAGGAGGCCAAGAAGGAGGACAGCGAAGAGAAGAAGGAGGGCGAGGACGAGAAGGAGAAGGAGGCAUCUGGUGAGGGCGAGAAGGAUGACAAGGAGAAGGAGAAGGUCACCAUCAAGGGCGAGAAGAAAAUCCUUGGCAAGAGCAAGGGUUUCGGCUUCGUCUGCUUCAGCAACCCUGACGAGGCUACCAAGGCCGUCACCGAGAUGAACCAGAAGAUGAUCAACGGCAAGCCUCUUUACGUUGCCCUCGCUCAGCGCAAGGAUGUGCGCAAGAACCAGCUCGAAGCCACCAUCCAGGCUCGCAACCAGCUUCGCAUGCAGCAACAGCAGCAGCAGCAGUUCGGUGCCAUGCCUCCCAUGUUCAUGGCUCCUGGUCAGCAGCCUAUGAUGUACCCACAGGGUGGCCGUGGACAGGUACCUUUCCCUGGCGCCCCUGGACAGCAAGGUGGUCGUGGUGCUUUCCCAGGCGCUAUUCCUGGUCAGCAAGGCGGUCGUGGAGGAGCACCCAACCAGCAGAUUCCUCCCAUGUUCAUGCCUCCCGGCAUGGCCCCUGGUGCUUACCCACCUCAGUUCAUGAACCAGCAGUACAUGCAACUUGCUCAGGCUGCCCAGCAGGCUAUGGGUGGUCGUGGCGCUGGCCGUGGCGGACCCGUUCCCGCCGGUAUGCCUGGUAUGCCCCCAAUGGGAGGUGCCCCGGGAGUCCGUGGCGGACAGUCUUUCCCUCAGCAAGGCGGCCGUGGCGCCCCACCUCAGGGUCGUCCUGGCCAACCUCCCAUGCCCGGCUUCCCUCAAGGAGGUCGCGGCGCUCCCGCUGCUGGCGUCGACAUGAACGCCCUCGGUGCCGCUCCUGCUGGUCAGCAGAAGCAGAUGCUCGGCGAGGCUCUCUACCCCAAGAUUCACGAGAUGCAACCCGAGCUCGCUGGCAAGAUCACCGGUAUGCUUUUGGAGAUGGACAAUGCUGAGUUGAUCAACCUCACCGGCGACGACAACGCGCUCCGCCUCAAGGUUGACGAAGCCAUGAAUGUUUAUGACGAAUACGUCAAGAACAAAGAUGGUGAGACCGAAAAAGAAGCCCCUAAGGAAGAGUCCAAGGAAGACAAGGCCUAA